AUGGACAAUAUUGACAAUGGUCGAGCAUCAAAUGAAAGCUACGUUCAAAAUCACCAAGCUGAAGUAACUCUAGAGAAGAAAGAAGAGUUUCCUGAACCGGGACUCAACGCUCUCAAAGACGCAAUUCCCCCGAGCUGUUUUCAACCCUCGCUGGCUAUAUCGCUAUUGUACCUGCUUCGCGACAUUAGUUACUGCAGUAUUCUGAUAUACAGUGCCAUGAAAUUUGACUCAAUUUCUUGGCCGUGGGUUCGAUGUCUAGCGUGGAUGUGCUAUGGCUUUUUCCAGGGCUGCGUCGGCGUGGGCUUCUGGAUUUUGGCCCAUGAAUGUGGACACGGUGCAUUUUCUCUCUAUCCAUGGGUGAAUGACAUUAUAGGCUUCACUCUACACUCAGCCCUUCUAGUUCCUUACUUUUCCUGGAAGACCACGCAUGCUCGCCAUCAUCGCUACACCAGUCACAUGGGCAAGGAUACAGCCUUUGUACCUUUCACAGAAGAGGAGUAUCAUGAUUCAUUCUCCUUCCCCUUCAUAUAUCGAGCCAUAAUGCAGUCUACAGAGGAUGCACCUGUCGUCGCACUAGCUGAAUUGUUGAUACAUCAGCUAUUUGGUUGGCCAAUGUAUCUUCUUUUCAAUGUUAGUGCAGGAGUAGACAGCUUGCCUAGCCAAAAUGCCGGAUCGUCAAGGGACAAGAGCCAUUUCAAUCCAUUUGGAGCCCUGUUCACUCCAUCUCAGAGGCUUUACGUCCUUCUUUCUGAUCUGGGCUUGGUAGUAUCUGGGUGUAUCCUGGUUGGGCUGUGUACGAAAUUCGGGGGACAGCAGGUUUUCUUGUUGUACUUCGUGCCAUAUCUCUGGGUCAAUCACUGGAUCGUUUCCAUCACAUAUCUUCACCAUACGCAUCCUUCUGUACCGCAUUACGGGGAUAAAAGCUGGACUUUUGUUAAGGGUUCAUUCUCAACUAUAGACCGCACGACGGGGCUUCUUGGUCGCCAUUUUUUUCACGACAUUAUCGAUUUUCACGUUGUCCACCAUCUUUUUCCGAAGAUUCCAUUUUAUCGAGCGGAAGAGGCAACUACGGCGAUUCAGCCGCUCCUUGGUCCAUAUUAUAACGAGCAAAAGGGCACAUCCUUCAUCGGGUCUUUAUUUUCCACAUUUUGUUCCUGCAAAUUUGUGUCGCCUGGGCCCCAUGCGUCCCCAGAUAAUAAUCAAGACGUGUUCAAAUGGAACAUUGGCAAAGUGAAUUGA